AUGUUGGCCAUGGAAGAAACCGAAGAAGAAACACAGGUCGAAUUGGCCGAAUACGAACCCGCAUUCCUCAAGGGACAAACACGACGAUCGGGCAGUCGCCAUCCAAGAUGUCUCAAUCGGCCGUGGGAGGAUCCCGUGCCGGAAGCGGGAGAACGACGGUUUGCGCAGGAACUUCGAUCCAUCAACUUGAGUAGUUUUGAAAAGGGAGAUGCUCCGCAGUGGAAACAAAAGGCGGAAAACAAAACGCUCAGUUACGGUAUCAUUUCCAACAAAUCACUCAAGGCACAACGAGAGAGUUUGCCCAUUUACAAACUCAAGGCGGAAUUGAUGGCAGCCAUGAUGAGCAAUCAGGUGCUCGUCGUCAUUGGAGAAACGGGAAGUGGAAAGACGACUCAAAUGACACAGUACAUGGUGGAAUUGGGAUUGACAUCUGUAAAUGGUCAAAAGGGGAUGAUUGGAUGUACACAGCCUCGUCGUGUGGCGGCUGUUUCGGUGGCCAAACGUGUCGCGAAGAGUUUGGUGUGCGCUGGGAGAACAGAUGGGAUGCUUAUGCGAGAGUACCUGGCCGACAAUGAUCUCAAACGAUACUCGGUAUUAAUGCUGGAUGAAGCCCACGAGCGAACAAUACACACGGACGUGCUCUUUGGGCUGCUCCAUGAUCUUUGCCGCCGAAGACCGGAUCUCAAAAUCAUUGUUACUUCCGCAACACUUGAUGCUGAAAAGUUCUCGAGCUACUUUUUUGAUUGUCCCAUCUUUACCAUUCCCGGACGAACUUUUCCCGUGGAGAUUCUCUACACCAAAGAACCCGAACCAGAUUACUUGGACGCGGCCAUGAUUACGGUUAUGCAAAUCCACUUGUCCGAACCAGCUGGUGACGUUUUGGUGUUUUUGACUGGGCAGGAAGAAAUUGAUACGUGUUGCGAAACGCUCUUCACUCGCAUGGAGGCACUGGGAGAUUUGGCCCCCGAGUUGAUCAUUCUACCAGUCUACUCCUCGCUGCCGUCGGAAAUCCAAUCGCGCAUCUUCGAGCCAGCACCGACAGGGUCACGCAAAUGUGUAGUCGCCACCAACAUUGCGGAAGCAUCGUUGACCAUUGAUGGAGUCUAUUACGUGGUGGAUCCGGGAUUCUCCAAGCAAAAGGCGUUCAAUCCCAAGUUGGGAAUGGAUUCGUUGGUUGUAACACCCAUCAGUCAAGCCUCCGCGAGACAGCGUGCUGGGCGUGCAGGAAGGACAGGACCGGGCAAAUGCUACCGAUUGUACACGGAGCAAGCCUUCAAAACGGAAAUGCUGCCCACCAACGUGCCGGAGAUUCAGCGAACAAACCUGGGAAAUGUUGUUCUUCAGUUGAAAGCAAUGGGCAUCAACGACCUACUGGGCUUCAACUUUAUGGAUCCGCCGCCAGUGGCGACGCUGGUGGGUGCCUUGGAGAACUUGCAUGCCUUGGGGGCACUGGACGAGGAAGGCUUACUAUCGCGGUUAGGUCGGAAGAUGGCAGAGUUUCCUCUCGAGCCCAGCUUGUCGAAAAUGUUGAUUCUCUCUGUGGAUCUAGGUUGUUCGGAAGAGAUCUUGACGAUCACGGCAAUGCUCUCUGUGGAAAACCCGUUUUACAGACCACGCGACAAACAGGCACAAGCCGACAUGAAGAAGGCCAAGUUUCAUCAAGCUGAAGGGGAUCAUAUUACACUCUUGACGGUGUACAAGGCAUGGGAGGCCGCCAAGUUUUCUUCGCCGUGGUGCUUCGAGAACUUUAUACAGGCUCGGAGCAUGCGACGUGCACAAGAUGUUCGAAAACAGUUGGUGACUAUCAUGGAUCGCUAUCGUUUGUUGUUGCUGAGUGCUGGGAAGAAUUACAAGAUCAUCUGCAAGGCUAUCACCGCAGGAUUCUUCACCAAUGCAGCAAAGAAAGACCCACAGGAAGGAUACCGCACUCUUGUGGAUCAGAACCCAGUCUACAUCCAUCCAUCUUCGGCAGUCUUCAACAAGAAUCCUGAAUACGUAAUCUAUCAUGAACUGGUGCUGACGACGAAGGAGUACAUGCGAAACAUCAUGGUGAUCGAUCCCAAAUGGUUGACAGAAUUGGCGCCGGCAUUCUAUCAAAAGGCCGACCCCAACAAGAUGACCAAGCAGAAGCGACGAGAAAAGAUUGAACCUCUGCACGACAGGUUCAAUCCCAAGGAUUCCUGGCGUCUUUCAAAGCGAAAGGGAUGA